AUGUUACAUGAAGAAAGAAAGAGAAGGCAAAGGGCGUCAUUAGUGGAGGGGGUGUGCGACGUUCCCGCGAUAGAGGUGCAUGGCCACCAGUCAGCUGUCGUUAGCAACGGCUAUCCCACGCUGAAUCACUCGCUACCCCAUGCCACCAAGCCCUCUCGGGUUGUCGUUGCUUCGGAGCCCGAGCUAGAAAGAAAGAGAGAGCGAAUACAUUCCAAUAUUUGA